AAUACGGGCAAGUUUUACAAAACAUUUAACAAAAAUUGUCCUUUUAUCCUUUUAAAAUUAGAUAAAACACCUUUUCCGUGUUCUUGCAGACGUUGCUAGAUGUUAAGACUGGCGCUUCUAACGGUGGGACGGUGAAAAUAAUGCGAAUACCGUUCGGUGGCGGAAUGUCGAAGAUAGGCCACUUUGAUAAGCUAGAAAAGAUCGGCGAAGGCACUUACGGAGUGGUGUUUAAGGCGACCGAUAUCUUGACCCAAAAAUGUGUGGCUCUGAAACGUAUUCGGCUGGACAGCGAAACGGAAGGUGUACCUUCAACGGCCAUGCGCGAGAUAUCGCUGUUGAAGAGCUUGAAGCAUCAUUCAAUAGUUGAACUCUUCGAUGUCAUCAUUAUCGAUACUAGCAUCUACAUGAUCUUCGAGUAUCUCGAUAUGGAUCUGAAGAAGAUGCUGGAUAGACACAAGGCUAGUUUCAGCCCGGCGCUGGUCAAGAGCUACAUGCAUCAGAUGCUGGACGCAAUAGCACAUUGCCACCUGCACCGCAUUCUGCAUCGCGAUCUGAAGCCACAGAAUCUCCUCGUGGAUCGCAAGGGCCAUCUGAAGCUGGCUGAUUUUGGACUAGCUCGUGCCGUCAAUCUACCCAUUCGGGUGUUUACCCACGAGGUGGUGACGCUUUGGUAUCGGGCGCCCGAGAUUCUGCUCGGCACCAAAUUCUAUUGCGUUGGUGUGGACACCUGGAGCUUGGGAUGCAUCUUUGCUGAAAUGCUUAUGAAGCGGCCACUGUUUCCGGGCGACAGCGAAAUCGAUCAACUGUACAAAAUCUUUCGCCAACUUGGCACACCGACCGAGCAGAGCUGGCCAGGGGUUUCGCAUUUAACCGAUUACAAGAAAACUUUUCCGCAGUGGCAAGCCGGUACAAUGCCGCUUGAACUAAGAACCGAACGAGAUGCACUAGCUCUUUUUAAUGACCUGAUGCGGUACGAUCCAACAGCACGGCUGUCGCCAAAGGAUGCCAUGAGUCAUGGUUACUUCGAUGAUGUACAGUUAGUUCCACCGGAAUUCUAGCCGCCAUCACAUCAACUUCUCGAUCUCACCCCUGU